UUGUCAAAAGAGUGGUAAUUUCAAAUUUUUUGGUGUUGUAUAAAUAUACAGCGGUGUGGUGUUUUUGUUGUGUUAGUGAUAUAAUGGAAUUGAAAUCCGCUAAGAAAAGGGCCCGAUCUUCAAACUGGGAUGAAGAAGAAAAGAGAAUCUUAAGACAACUUAUAAUGGAGAAAAUUGAUAUUAUAGAAAAAAAAGACACUACUACAAAUACCAAUGCAAAGAAAAAAGCUGCUUGGCAAGAAAUAUUGUCUAGUUUUAAUAGCCUUAAUAAAAAGCCCAGGGAUAUGACACAAAUUGUCACCCAGUGGCGUAAUACAAAAGGCCUAGUUAAAACUAGAGAGUCGGAGUAUCGGCGGGCCAGGCAGAUGACUGGUGGAGGACCUCCACCACCAAGUCCGCCACAAGAAGAUCUCGAACUAAUUCAGUCAUUGCCUAAUGAGUUUGUGAUUGACAGUAAUGUUUUUGAUAGUGAUAGCAUAUUUAUUGAAACAAUAAAACAGUCACAGUCAACAGCAACUGAAAAGAUGAUGUCAGAAUCUGGGUUAGCCACCACAGAAAUAGCAAUUAUUGUAGAUUCUGAGAAAUCAACUCAGUUAUCUAAUACUCCUGAUGUGGAAGAAAAUCCAAUUUUAUCAACACCACUAGCAGCAACAAAAGUAGAGAAACACACAAUAAAAAGGGAAUUAUAUAAGCCUAAACACAAACCUAAACAAAAUAACAAGAUUGCUGAUAAUUAUGAGGAACAAUUAUUUCUACUCACAAAGAAGUGCAAAGAAAAUAAAGAAAAAAGGGAGGAUGAAUUGCAUAAGAAAAGAAUGGCAAUUUUGGAUCUAGAACAGAAAUAUUGGGAAAAAAAAUUAAAAAAUGUUUAAAUAAAACUAUAUAUUUGUAUUUUAAAAGAAAUUCUCAAUAAAAAUGUUUCUGGUUA